AUGGAGCCAGGUUUGCUGAUGUGGGGAUUCUUCGUAUUCAUUGUUGUACCCGGCUGUGUGACAGAUGCUUGUGUUGAAGACCCACCGAGUCUCAGAAACGCCACGUUCAAGGUCCUCAGGUACGAGGUGGGCACCAUGAUAAACUGUGACUGCAAGAAAGGCUUCCGCAGAAGGUCGCCCUUCAUGCGCUGCACGGGAAACUCCAGCCACUCUGCCUGGGAAAACAGAUGCCACUGCGACAGCACCUCCUCCCCUAAGACCCCAGGAAAACAAGUUACUCCUGGACUCAAAGAACAGAAUGAAGAAAAAACCACAGAAAUGCAGAGCCAAAUGCAGCCCAUAGACCAAGCUAACCUUCCAGGUCACUGCAAGGAGCCUCCACCAUGGGAACAUGAACGUGAACCUUUGAAGAGAAUUUACCAUUUCAUGGUGGGGCAGACGGUGUACUACCAGUGCACUCAGGGAUUCAGGGCCCUACAGGGAGGCCCUACCAAGAGCACCUGCAAGAUGAUCUAUGGGAAGAUGAGGUGGACCCAGCCCAAGCUUGAGUGCAUAAGUGAAAGGGAGAACAGUCAGUUUCCAGGUGAUGAAGAGCCUCAGGAGAGCACAGAUGUUCCACCUGGCAGUGAAACUUCUUUUCCCUUAACAACGAGGAUGGCAGGUACCACAGAUUUCCAAACACCCACAGAAGUGGCUGCGACCAUGGAUACGUUCAUAUUUACAACCGAGUAUCAGAUCGCAGUGGCCGGCUGCAUCCUGCUACUCAUCAGCAUCCUCCUCCUGAGCGGCCUCACCUGGCAGCAGAGAUGGAAGAAGAAUAGAAGGACAAUCUAGAAAACCAAGGGCAAGAAGAAGCCAAGAAGAACCCGCAGAUGUCAUGGACCACAAUCAAAAUCAAGGCAGCUAAACACU